AGAGAUCUCGUUUUUUUAAAUUCCAUUUUGGUUGUCAUUUUUGACUUAUUUGAAAGAUUAGUAGGUUAACUGUCUAGUGUAAUCAAAUGUAGAAAAAUUUUAAAUCGAGCAAAUCAGCAAUUAUUUUUAUAUUGAAAGGAAAUGGUUUAAAAAAAUUGUAUAGCUAACCGAUAGAUAGAAAAGGUGCACUAACUAGGGUUCAUUCACCCCCGUAAUGGCUGACCCAUUUCUCUACCGGUGGAUGACAAAUUUGGAUUUACGGGCGAGAAAUUAUGUUCCUAUAAUUUACUUGGCAAUACCAGGCUCCAGCAAUUCCACCUCGUAUGCAGUACGGUGGAAUUCCAUCCCGGCACCAAUCAAACCUUGGAUGAAUUUUAUUUUCGACUUUCUCGUCGGUAAAUUCUCAGUGAAUCGGUGCAAAACACAGAACCUCAAUGUGUAUGAGCAACUACAGAAUGGAGUCAGAUACUUCGAUCUUCAAAUAUGCAAGAAAUCGAAGACCGCAAAUCCUAUCAGUGGUUUUUACUUCUGCAAUGGACGUUACUGCGAUCCUGUCGCCGAGCCAUUGACACUAAUAAAGAAAUACUUAGAAAGUCAACGGCAAGAGUUUGUUAUUUUAGACUUCAAGAAAUUCUACAACAUGAAACGCUUUGACCACGAUACAAUCCAAGAUUUCCUUUUCAAGUUAUUUGGGAAAUCUAUUUUUGGUCCAAGAAAUGGUUUUUUACUCGAUUUGACGCUUACGAAAGCCGCGCAAAUGGGAAAGCAAGUUUUGAUCAUUUAUCGAAAUGACAAUUUUUGGGAGAACGCCUGGCCGGAUUAUUGUUGGCCGUUGCUUUCUGUAAAAGUGGAUAAUGUUGAGGAUUUAUGCGGGGCAUUGGAAUCUAAACUGAAGCGGCGGCAACCUGGGACUGGAUGCAUCUCCGGAUAUAUUUACAAGCCAAGGGCACUGACUUUGACUUCUUAUUCACGUAAUGCGUUAACAUUAUCCUCUCGCAUAAGGCAAUGGUUACCCCAGCAAUCUGCCGGAUUUGUUAGUUUGAACGCCCCGCGUCUCAAUAUUAUUACUGCAGAUUUCAUCGAUAGACAGGAUGCGGCGUUUUGCAAAGAAGUCAUACGUUUGAAUGAUUGGUCGUUACACACUACGCAAAUAAAAGACGAUAAUGAAUCGUAUGUUUAAGGAAAAAUUUGGAAACAGGGAACAUUUUCUUAAAGCUGAUUUUAUAACAAUAAAGAAUAUUUUAAAUUA